AUGCCUGUCUUACAAUGGUUCCAUGGUUCCGUGAUCUCUUCUUCAAGUUAUAAUAAUUUAUAUGUAUGA